AUGCCGGGUUUCGUAUCAGGCGCACAGAUGCGUGUGCUCUUAAGCUUUGUAUUGCUGUUUGCGGGGUUGUUCAGUCUGUUUCUGGCGGUGUUGAUAGAGCAUGAGUCAUCGCCCAAGUACUCGUUGCGUUGUAUUGCGUUUUCUAACUUCGUGCUGACAGCGCCCAAGAUCUACGACUCCGUUGCGCCCAAAUUACGCUCUAUCUUCCUAAGUAGUGUGCGUACACGCGGUAGUCUCCCUCUCAUCGACAGCCAGGAUACACCAGGGACCGUCGUCAGUUAUAAACAAGGCGACAUCGUGGUCGCAGACUGCGUCGUGACCUCCGCCGACUACCACGCCCGAGUUAGCGUACCCACCUUCGCUCAGAACCAAGACCUCAACCACUUGAGCAUCUCAGUCCAAGAUCCGGCGCAGCAUCCCGUCGUUCAAGGUUCGGCGCAAUAUCCCGCCAUUCAGGUACCGGCCGCAGACUUAAUGGCCAGUCCAACAAACCUGAUGAGUCCGGCCGAGGACGAGACCAUGGCCUGCGUCGCGGACCAGAUUCUCUACCAGGGCCAACAAAUAUUGAGCGGGACGUGUGUGCACACGCGUGUGCUACAAUUCUCCGACCUGAGUCUGACUCGCGUCCUUGCCAACCACGCAAAAUCCGCCAGCCUCACCGGCGCAUUCUGGUGCUAUCGCAGUCCCCGACUGAAGUUCUUCAUCCGCUACUUUGGCACCAUCUCGAUCGCCCUCUUCCUGGCGGCCUGGCUCGCCCGGGCCGCCCUCGAUCCCGACCGCGAACCCGAUACGGACUCCUUCCUCAUAAACGUCCUGCCACGUGUCACACUCACCGCCACUCUCAUUUGUCAGUGCCUCUCCUCCACCACACUCUACGACUCGGUGGAUGUGUUGUUGCUGUACGCGAAACAAGCUCUGGGACGCAAGACUGCGAUUGUGCCGCACACGGUGGACUUGUUGCGGCUGGCUGGGCAGAACGCGGUGACGCUGGACAUCGGCGAUCAGGACCUGAUUAGUUCGGGGCUAGUCGUUGCCUCGGGAGUAUCCUUAGGUGUUGGCCCAACGGAUGAGGUACGGUUGGAGAGCAAUUUGUCGGGAACCGAGGGUGAGAAUUUGUUCUGUCGACGUGGCGACUUAGCGGAGCAGGUGUUGGCGGCACAGUCUGUUUUUAGUUUGAGAGUGACGGUGGCUUCUUCCUCGCCGCGGUUUGAGCAGCAAGUCACCAAUACUUCGUUGGCAAGUCUCUUCGGUACUUGGCACCUACUCCCCGCUGGGGCCGAUACCACCAGAAUCACGGCCAGAGGACCCGCCGGAUCCUCGGACGCAACGGGACGCAUGACUGGGGGAGGUCUAGUAAUACGGUUGGCGACGAAUUCGGUCUGUAUGGGUGCGGCGUACCGCAAGCAGACGGACGCUGUCUUCGCGGCCCUUGUCUCUAGCCGUGGUUACUCCACUUCAGACAGGAAUGAAAUAAGGUUCAUUGAAGACCUACGCGGCCUUAUCCCCCUCCUGUAUUGGACAGACGUGGCCAACACUAUCUACGAUCGCGGCACCAAGUUCUAUGUCUCCAGCUCCGCCUCGCUUGCCCUGCUCGCCCUCUCUACCGCCUCGUACUCUACCGCUAGCGACGGCGUCCGUCUCUGGGUCUACACUCUUGCUUACUUCCUUCUCGCCAACUCCUCUCUACUCAUCGCCAUACUCGCCAUGUCAUUCAGCCUCUCCCUUCUCAGGGACUCGCAAAUCUCCUUAGACGCUCUUCUCAACGUUGUCCGCAUGGAAAAAUCACCAGCCUGCAAAACCGUGAAACCAACUGCCAAGACCACAAUAGGCAUUCUCGGAACACAGGACCUAAACGCACCACCAGCCACCUCGUCAAUGUCCAACAUCAUCAUCGACAUUUGA